AUGAAGACGAACAAUUGCUUCCAGGCAAUGUCUUGCCUCCCUGAGGAGGAUCGCAGACGGGUUUCCAGCUUUGGUCAAGGGCCAACUGUCUCAGUCCCACAUUCCGUGGUCCAUGAGGCAUUCGAAAGGAUUGCUGAAACUCAUCCACAUACCGUUGCCGCAACCUUUGCUGGUAACUCGCUUACGUACGAGCAGUUGGAUGAAGCAGCAAACCAGCUUGCCAACCGCCUCAUCCAUGCAGGAUUGAAGCCGAAGCAACGAGUAUGCCUCGUUGUGCAACGCUCGUUCGAGAUGCUGAUUGGUAUCUUUGCCAUCCUGAAAUCAGGAUGUCAAUAUGUACCAGUUGAUGGUGGGGUGGCAUCAGAGGUUGCACUGACACACAUACUUUCCGACUCUGGUGCCACUUUCAUUCUAUGCCUUCCCAAAUUUUUCGAACGAACACAAAAGGUCGCCAAACAAGAUGCAGUAAUUGUUUCUUUGGAAGCGAACGUUGGUGCAUCUUUUCCGUCAACACGCCCAUCAGUCCCAGUUUCCCGCCAUGAUGGUGCAUAUGCAAUUUACACAUCCGGCAGCACUGGUACACCCAAAGGUGUUGAUGUUGCGCAUUCAAACGUCACAAACGCUUUGUUAUUAAAUCCAGCGCGACUUGACAUUACCGUUGGGUCCAAGGUUGCCCAAGUACUUAACAUCGCAUUUGACAUGGGAGCAUGGGAAAUACUGGCUUGCCUGAUGAAUGGUGGAACCUUGUACUUGCGGGGGUCAGAUUGGACAGCUACACUCCGUGAGGUCGAUACACUUAUUUCAACCCCAUCCAUUCUGUCAAAGUACCGUCGACAUUCUUUUCCAAAUAUUAAACACGUCGUGACAGGCGGUGAGCCUUGCCCAAAAGCACUGGCUGAUGAGUGGGCUGAAAACGCAUGCUUCUACAAUAUUUGUGGCCCAACGGAAAUCACAAUCCUAAACUCAGCACAUCGCCAUACCCCAGGCCAGUUUUUGUCCAUUGGAAAGCCUUUGCCCAACACAACAUGUUAUCUUCUCGAUGCAGAUGAGCAACCGGUUCCUGUGGGGCAAAAGGGAACCAUGUGGGUUGGUGGAGCUGGUGUGACUCGAGGCUAUAUCAAUUUGCCUGAACUUACAGCUCGUCGUUAUAAACAUGACAAGUUCGUCAACGAUGGGUCAAGAAUGUUCAACACUGGUGAUAUCGCACGGUGGAGAGAGGAUGGUUCGCUUGAUAUGCUCGGCCGUGAAGAUGACCAAGUAAAGAUCAAGGGUUUCCGUGUCGAACUUGACGGAAUCACAGCCGUCGUAGAGUCAUUCCAAAACGUAAGACGAGGUGCAGCAAUGCUCGUCGAGAACGCACUCUGCGCUUUUUAUGCCACAGAGGGUUCGGUUGACGAAGAAGCUCUCAAGAGUUUCACCCAGAAGCAUCUACCUUAUUACUCUGUUCCAGAAAAAUGGGUCAAGGUCGACUCCAUACCACUUACAAAUAACGGAAAAGUCGAUCGAAAAGUUCUGAAAGAAUUGGUUUCUGCCCAGUCUAGCGAUACACCAACGAAUGAGAAGUCUACAGAAACUCUCAAGCCGAACUUGGUCAGCGUCAAUGUAGAGACGUACUCUUCCGGUGGAUCUUCCACUGAAUCUUUCAAGGAUCCAGAGAAGCAGGCUGUCAUCAUUACGAGCGGCGAUUCUGAGCAAAGCAGCUCUGUAGAGGAUUUGGCGGAGAGACUACCAGAAGUCUUGCCACCGAAGAACAGCUACCACGGUCUGCGCUGGGUUCGACAUCGCGGACUUAUCCUUUACCGCCGCUUUCUGUCUGUUGUUAUACUAGCAAACAUCGGAGUGGCAGUCUUUCUCUUGCACCGCAGGAUUGGACAAAACAGGGACAUUCUCGCCAACUUGUCCCUGGCCACAGCUGCCAAUCUUGUCGUAGCAGUUCUCAUGCGCUCGGAGCCAGUCGUCAACCUUCUUUUUACCGUUUUUUGCUCUGUUCCGACAUUCUUUCCUCUAGCUAUACGACGCCAUUGUGCUAGAAUCUUCCACAUUGGCGGCAUCCACAGCGGAUGUGCAAUGGCAGCCAUAAUGUGGCAUUUUAUAUUCACCAUAGACGGUACCGUGGAUCUGGCACAGCCGGCAUACAUGCGUCGAAUCUCGGUAGCUCCGGUCGUAGUAUCAUGGCUUGCGCUUCUCCUGUUACUCAUCAUCGGAUCGACUUCGCACCCAACCUUCCGCGCCAAAUACCACAAUGCAUGGGAGAUGACCCACCGAUUCGGUGGUUGGACUUGUCUUGCAUUACUCUGGACACUUACAUUCCUCGCGACCAAGGACCUUAAUCCCGAGCUGCCGAUUGCAACCGCCUAUUUGCGCUCCCCAGGUAUCUGGCUUCUCUCCGUCGCCACAGCAGCUAUCAUCUUCCCAUGGUUGCAUCUACGCAAAGUGCCCGUCCACUCUGAGGUUCUCUCAAACCACGCCAUCCGUCUUUGGUUCGAUUACACGACUCCUGUUGUUGGUACCGCCGUUAGGCUUGCCGAACGUCCCUUGAUUGACUGGCAUGGUUUUGCAACCAUUACCAAUCCCGAAGGCAAUGGAUUCUCACUUAUUGUGAGCCGUGCAGGUGACUUUACAGGCCGUACAAUUGAGCGCGCACCAACCCAUAUCUACGUUCGUGGUAUCCCGACUUGCGGUGUUCUACGCAUAGCCACACUCUUCAAGUCAGUCGUCCUUGUCGCAACAGGAUCAGGUAUCGGGCCAUGCCUGGCUGUCAUCCUCGCUCAAAAGGUCCCUUGUCGCAUCCUGUGGACUGCGCCAAACCCUGAACAGACAUUUGGUCAAAAGAUUGUGGAUAGCGUCAAAGCUACAGAUUCAAAAGCAGUGAUUUGGAACACGAGAACACAAGGAAAGCCCAACAUGUCCCUGAUAGCGUACCAGCUAUGGAAGGAGAGUGGAGCGGAAGCUGUUUGUGUGAUCAGCAACAAGAAGUUCACUACCAAGAUUGUGUACGAUAUGGAAGCCAGAGGCAUUCCAGCUUAUGGUGCUAUUUUCGACUCGUAA